CUUUUAGGGCCAGUGUACACUACAUGCAUUUCAGUUGCUUUUUUUCUGCAUCCAAAAUGCACAGAAACUAGGUUCAAUGGUUGUCAAUGACAUAGUUCACAUCAGUGCUUGCAGUUCCAGUGCGUUUCGGUUGCAGAAAAAAAAAGUAGAACAGGCUGCAUUUUUCCUGCACAGAACUGUACUGGAACGCACCAGAACUCACUAAAUCGCACCAAAAAAUGCACUGGAAUGCACAUGUCCCUAUUUGAGAGAAACCUGAUAAAGCGCAGGCACGUGAAA